ACUCGCGCCAUGCACCCACACAUUACAUAAUACAUUAAAAAAAAAAAAACAAUCCCACCAUUUCUCUAUGACUUUGUGAAGUGACCAUCGAUCAGUGUGUGUUUUUUUGUGCGCGCGGACCAUGGAACUUUUUUAAUCGCAUGUACGUAUGUAGAUAAUAUUAUUGACGCGUUUUUGUGUACGAUUUUCAUGUCGGUUUUUGUGAAUUGUACGGAAGAUUGAUCGGAAGCGGCUCUGGACGGGGCUCACUGUGUUUUGUGUGUGUUUUAUCGAUUUUUGGAUGGAUUUUGUACGCGCAAUGAAACGCAGACGCGCCUAGCAUGGUGCCGACCACCCAGCUGCUCUGGCAGCUGGCGCUCCUCACCACCGCCCUCGCCUUCGUGCUAGACAAGCAGAACCCCUACUCGCAGUUCCGCAAAUGGAACGCCGCUCUGAACGGCACACUCGAACUCGAGUUCAAAACCUCUCAGCCGAAUGGACUCAUCUUGUAUACCGAUGAUGGGGGGACGUAUGACUUCUUUGAGCUGAAGUUGGUGAAUGGCGCGGUGCGGCUGCGGUAUAAUUUGGGGGGUGGUGCGCAGAUCGUCACGGUGGGGAGCGGGCUGCAUAACGGACAGUGGCAUAAGCUGCAGGUGGCGCGACGUGACGAGCACACGUCACUCACGGUCGACGGCGUAACACGAAGCGCCACGUCACGCGGCAAGGAGUUCGCGUUCGGCAAGUUCGGAACCAACUCCGAUGUCUUCGUGGGAGGAAUACCGCCUUCGUACAACUCGAAGCUUACCACAUUGGCUCUGCCUUCAGUCAUCUUUGAGCCAAAGUUUCGAGGGUCCAUCAGGAACUUAGUGUAUUCAGAUGUGGUGGGGCAGCCUCCACGGCGCCAGGAGUUACGGCACUCCAGGGAUUUGAAGUCGUCCCGGAUUGGCAACGCCAGCGGGGAUGCGUGCGAACGUCGGGACCCUUGCCAGCACGGUGGGGUCUGCAUCAGCACCGAUGAUGGCCCUGUCUGCGAGUGCAGGGAUGAAGACUAUGAGGGCGCCUUCUGUGAGAGAGACAAAGCGCCAUCAGAAGCGACGUUCCGCGGAGCAGAGUUCCUCUCCUACGACCUGACACAAACUGGCGGGGAGCCUAUAGUUAGCACGCAGGACACCAUCUCGCUGUACUUCAAGACUAGGCAGCCUAACGGCCUGCUCUUCUACACUGGUCACGAAGCCGACUACCUAAACCUGGCAGUGCGCGACGGCGGCGUCUCCCUAACCAUGGGCCUCGGGAACGGCAAGCAGGAGAUGCACAUAAAGCCUGCGAAGACCAGGUUCGACGACCAUCAGUGGCACAAGCUGACGGUCCAUCGGAGGAUACAGGAGAUCACUCCGAUGACGAGCUUCUGUAGGGUCUCAGCAGUGGUGGAUGAUGUAUACACAGAGCAUUCACAUGUGGCCGGUUCUUUCACCAUGCUGGCCAGCUCACGGGCCCAUGUUGGUGGCUCUCUCAAUGCCAGGGCGCUGCCAGGCGCGAGAGUCCAUACGAACUUCAUCGGUUGUUUGAAGAAGGUGGAGUUCUCAGCAGACACUCUUCGUCUGAACCUCAUAGACCUCGCACGAACCGGGAGUAAGCUCAUCACCGUCACUGGAAGAUUGGAGUACGCUUGCACAGCCACUGAUGCCGCUGAUCCUGUCACCUUUACCACAAGAGAUGCACACUUGAUCUUGCCAAAAUGGGAAGCAGUGAAAACCGGAACGAUAUCAUUCAAAUUUAGAACGAAUGAACCGAACGGUCUCAUUCUCUUCAACAUGGGCGCCAAGCCACCAAGGGCGGAUCUGUUCGCGGUGGAGAUGCUGAAUGGGUACAUCUACGUUCAUAUGGACCUGGGGUCAGGAGGAGUGAGGGUCAGGGCUUCGAGGAGGAGGGUGGAUGACUCGCACUGGCAUGAGUUCUUGUUGAGGAGGACAGGGAGGGAUGGGAGGGUUACUGUGGACGGGGCCAAUGCGGAGUUUAAGACGCCUGGGGAGUCCAACCAGUUGGAGCUCGACGGCCCUCUCUUCGUUGGUGGCCUUGGCUCCGAAUACUCCGCAGCCAAGACUCCUCCAGUGCUCUGGACUGCAGCAUUAAGGCAAGGCUUUGUGGGCUGCGUCAGAGACUUGGUGCUCAAUGGAAAGCCUCAGGAUCUGACGGCAUAUGCGAGGCAGCAGGAUUCUGCAUCUGUCCGCCCCGCAUGUCACGUCCUCAUGAAGCAGUGUGUCAACUCCCCGUGUCAACAUGGUGGUGUUUGUUCAGAGGGAUGGAACCGACCGCUGUGUGACUGCUCCUCUACUAACUAUGGCGGACCAACUUGUGGACGAGAAUCAGCAACCAUAUACCUGAACGGCAGCCAGCACCUCACAGCAGCGCUCGGACCGGAACACGUCACGCAGACUGAGGAGCUGAUGCUUCGCUUCAAGACCAGCAAAGCGGGGCUUCUGCUGCGGACGGCUUCGGAACAUUCGGCGGAUCGGAUCGAGCUGGUUGUCGCCGCUGGGAGGGUUAGAGCUAACGUGCGGCUAGGGGAUAGGGAAAAGAAUCUCCUAGCAGGCUCAAACGUGGCGGACGACAACUGGCACACGGUUCGUUUCUCGCGGCGCGCCUCCAACCUAAAGCUCCAGGUGGACGGAGCGCAACCCGUGCGCGCCGAAACGAUUUUAGGUAAAGCUUCGACUUUGGAAAUAUCGACGCUCCAUUUAGGUGGAAUGUAUCACCCCGAAGAAGAAAUCCAGAUGACGUCAACUCUGCCGAAUUUCGUCGGUUACAUACAAAAGUUUGUUUUCAAUGGCAUGAAGUAUAUAGAUCUAGCUAAAGCUAUUGGAAUGGGCAUCGAUGGGAACAACAACAACAUUAAUCAGCAUGAUUCUAAUAUAAUAUUUACUGGGUCAUUUGUCAAACCUGAUUCGUUGAAUGUAUAUAAAGCUGUGACAUUUAAAUCGAAGCAUACUUACGUUGGUUUGCCGCUAUUGAAAGCUUAUGGGAAUACGUAUUUAGAUUUUUACUUCCGUACAACGGAGAUGGAUGGAUUGUUGUUCUAUAAUGGAGGAAAGAAGCAAGAUUUUAUAGCAAUUGAGCUAGUCAAUGGCCAUAUUCACUGUGUGUUCAAUCUGGGUGAUAAUGUGGUGACCAUGAAAGACAAGUUGAAGAAUUUCUUGAACGAUAACAGAUGGCAUACAGUAUCGGUUAGAAGGCCGACGCCGAAGAUGCAUACGCUGCAAGUAGAUGAUGAUAUAGAAAUGCAUACCACAAGUUCAAACUUAAUGUUAGAACUGGACAGCGUCCUCUACGUAGGCGGGGUUCCCAAGGACAUGUACUCCUCGCUACCAGUAGGGGUAUUAUCUCGACAAGGCUUCGAAGGCUGCAUGUCCAGUCUGGAUCUGCCCGGGGAAUCCCCGUCGUUGAUGGAUGAUGCUGUUGUUCCUAGUUCGUCGCUGGUGUCUGGAUGUGAAGGACCUACAAAAUGCACGCACAACGCAUGCGCAAACAAGGGAGUUUGUGUUCAGCAGUGGAAGACCUACGUUUGUGACUGUGACCUCACUUCGUUCACAGGACCUACUUGUUAUGAUGAGUCGAUAGCGUACGAGUUUGGUCCCGGGCGAGGAAUCCUCACUUACACCUUUCCACCGAGCUCGGUAGCUGAUACUGAAACAGAUCGCGUGGCUCUCGGCUUUGUAACAAGUAAAGCUGAUGCUGUCCUGCUAAGGAUAGACUCUUCUAACACCCAGGACUACAUGCAAAUGGAAAUUAUUCGAGGCAACCUCUUCAUGGUAUACAACGUUGGUGGUGGCGACCACCCGCUGGGAGACGAGACGGCCAGGGUUGAUGAUGGCGCCUACCACGUGGCCAGGUUCACGAGGAACGGGAGCAGGGCUGCACUGCAGAUUGACAACUAUGCUGUUAACAUUAGGCAUCCGCAAGGCGGUCAACAAUCAACAAUCUUCAACAGUAUGUCGUCCAUCACGGUCGGCGGCGGCGCGGGCGGCGCGCGCACCUUCAGCGGCGUUGUAGCCGGACUAGCUGUAGAUGGCGUUAGGGUCCUUGAUCUUGCUGCGGCUGGUGACGCUUCUGUCUCAGUCAGGGGAGACGCAAGAAGAGCCACAUCACCAUUGGAUAAAGGAUGGAUCAAUGGCAUGCAACAGACACCACCAUCAGGUUACGGCGGUCCAGGAGUACUAGACGAGCUGGUCUACUCCGGAGCUGGGUCAGGGUGUCGCGAUGAUGAUGAAGACGCCUGUGUUCUCCCUGAUGCGGGGAGCGGAGAUGAUCUCAUCACGCCAGUGUAUGUACCUUCUACAAGAAGACCGCCGUCCAGAGUGUAUAAGGGUGACACAAGCGGCAAGUUGAUGAAACCGUGCGAUGACGAGGACUGCAUAGAAGGUUCAGGAGCUAAUGGAGGAGAGGAAAUAACGGAACCAGAACACCCCAUGACCACUAACGGCGCCUCAAGUACCCACAGCAUGACGUCACCCACAGCAGCGAUCUCCACCGAACACGCCAAGACUCUAGAAGGAUCCACACACGGCGGUUCUACUGACGUCACUCACGAGUCAACGCGCUCCAGCCAAGGAACUACACCACCGGAUCAUGGGAACAUGCAUGCUGGAACCGUUGAGGUCACAACGCCAGAGAAAACGACACCUACCGACGAUCACACCGCCGCUCACUUCACCCCAUCCCUCCCCAACCACCACACACCAGAAGACAUUACUCACACGACUCAAGAAGAACCGCUCCCCGAAUACCCCGACCCGAACGAGAACGACAUAGACUCCCGAACACCCACGAACGGAGCCGAAGAGAAGAAUGAGUAUAAUGGGUACGAGCAUGAGGCGACCACGAAGUGGUAUUUGCCGAAGACGACGGAUCCAGGGAGGAUUGUGACGCCUGAGUCGGAGUUCUUUGCUACUAUUGUUGGCAUAGUGGCAUCAGUGUUGAUAGCAAUCAUCCUAAUAGUAAUUAUAGUUCUGAAGUACAUCGUGUAUCCUCUGGACCCAUCGUACAAGGUCACAGAGGAUAAGAGCUACCAGCAAGGAGCCAGUGCUGCGUUGCUAGGCAACCAGGCUCACUCAAGUUACCAAAGCGGAGCAAGUGCUCCGGCAGGUGGCGCCGUCAGAAACCUCCAACCCCUCCCUCUCAACAGGAACGGCGGCGCGCCGCUCGCCCCGCUCCCCACGCAGCCCGUCAAGAGAGACGGCAUCAAGGAGUGGUACGUCUAAACGACCAAGGACAAGGGAAUCAGGCGAGCGGCGACAAAACUGCGGGCGAUCACGAAACGCAUGCGAUAGUGGACGCCAACCGCCAUUCACUUGUUUUAAAGGCUUGGCAGUCGGUAUCCGCGUCAAAUACGAUUCGUGAUCGAGUCGUCGAUGCAUGUUGCACGCCGCUCGCGUGAUGUGGAAUCUCGUCCACUGACGAUGAGACGUAGCGGGACUUUAUUCUUUGCAAUUCUAAAGUGUGAGGAUAAGCCAUGAGCCACAGUGGAAUCUAUGUACUGUUUCAGUACUGUGGCAAACGAAUUAGUCUUGACAAUCGCAGUGUCAUUCUGCCAUUUAAUUGAAAACUGUGGGAUAUAGUGUU